GGAGGGGCCUCCUACUAAUUCAACAUCAGCACUUUCGAUAAAGGCCGGUCUAAUUAUGGGUCGACGGCCGUUUGCCGCCAAAAACUUGGCACCCGAAAUAACCACGGACACGGAGCCUAAACAAGUUAUUUGUAAUAUAAACGGGUGUAUGUUUGCCAGUGCAUCGUAUAUAAUACUGUAA